CAAAAAUAUCACCAAUUUUAAUAUUUAUUUAUUUUUUCAAAAUUUAUGCUGCAGAUAAUAAAACAAAAAUCCAAUAACGUUCUUCUAAUCGAUUUCAAAUUCUUUUUCCCUUUUAAAUUCUCUACUUUCCUCUCUCUUUCAGGUUGAGAAUCACUUGUUCUUCUCUAUCACACACACCGACUUCAUAGGAGAGAUUUGCCGACUUUUAUCCAUUCAAUACAUACACACGCAUCUCCACGAUCUCUCUUUUUCUUCUUGAAGAAACCCCCAGUAAAAAUCGCAGUUCGAUCCCCCUCUUUUCGCCUCUUCUCAACCGCCAUUUUUGCCCCUUACAAGUUAUAUCUUCACUAUCUCUAUUCAAUCGAUUCUAGUUUUCCCUGAAGAAAAAACCCCACAUCGAGAUUUAUAUUCCGAAACAAACAUCACCCAUAAGAUCUGAUUUGUGUUCAAUCGAGAUUCGAGGACUCCCGGCUGUUUUCUCACUCGCUUUGAAAAUCAAAUAAUGUCAGGGGUGAGAACUGCCGUUUGGGUAUUGUUCACGGGCCUGAUUUUUAUUAGGGCUGAAGUUGAAGGUCUGGGUGUGAACUGGGGGACGAUGGCGACGCAUAAGAUGGAUCCGAAAACGGUGGUUCAGAUGAUGAAAGACAACGGGAUUACUAAAGUGAAGCUGUUUGACGCCGAGCAAUCGACGAUGAGUGCUCUCGCCGGCUCCGGCAUCGAAGUUAUGAUUGCUAUUCCGAACGAUCAGCUCCUCGCCAUGAACGAUUACAGCCGAGCUAAGAAAUUCGUGCAGCGUAACGUCACGCGUUACAACUUCAACGGCGGUGUGAAUAUCAAAUACGUCGCCGUCGGCAACGAGCCAUUUUUGACGGCAUACAACGGUUCGAAUCUGAAAACAACGUUCCCGGCGUUGCAGAAUAUCCAAAACGCCCUGAACGAAGCCGGCCAUGGCGACACCGUAAAAGCCACCGUACCCUCAAACGCCGAUGUCUACGGUUCUCCGACCGACAACCCGGUCCCUUCCGCCGGUAGGUUCCGACCAGACAUCAACGACCAAAUGGUCCAACUCGUCCAAUUUCUAGCCAAAAACAACGCUCCUUUCACCGUCAACAUCUACCCUUUCCUCAGCCUCUACGGCAACGACGAUUUUCCGGUGGACUAUGCGUUCUUCGACGGCGCAAGCCAGCCAAUCGUCGACAACGGGAUUCAGUACACCAACGUGUUUGACGCGAACUACGACACCUUAGUUUCCGCUUUAAAAGCAGCAGGCUUUGGUGACAUGCCGAUCAUCGUCGGAGAAGUAGGGUGGCCCACCGACGGCGACAAAAACGCGAACAUAAACAUGGCGUAUCGUUUCUACAACGGUCUUCUCCCCCGUCUCGCCUCCAACAAAGGUACUCCACUCCGUCCCGGCGGAAUUGAAGUUUACCUUUUUGGGCUCAUCGACGAGGACGCUAAAAGCAUAGCUCCGGGAAGCUUCGAACGUCACUGGGGGAUUUUCCGGUACGACGGACAACCGAAGUUCGCCAUGGACAUCUCCGGCAGAGGUCAGAACUCGUUUCUAGUUCCGGCGCAAAACGUGAGGUAUCAAGAGAAACGAUGGUGUCAAUUCAACCCAGAUGCUAAGGAUUUGAGCAAAUUGGGGGAAAAUAUCAAUUACGCUUGUACUUUUGCUGAUUGUACUCCACUUGGGUAUGGAUCAUCGUGUAAUGGGUUGGAUGCAAAUGCGAAUGCGUCGUAUGCAUUUAAUGCGUAUUUUCAGGUGCAAAAUCAAGAUGAAAUGGCGUGUAAUUUUCAAGGUGCAAUUGUGUUGAGCCUUUUUGCUUCAAAUGUUGAAGGGUUGGGUGUGAAUUGGGGUACAAAAGCUUACCACCAAUUACCACCCGAAAAAGUGGUUCAAAUGUUGAAAGAUAAUGAAAUUGAGAAGGUGAAGUUGUUCGAUGCCGAUGAAAACGUACUAAACACCUUCGCGGAAACAAAUAUUGAGGUUAUGGUGGCUGUCAAGAAUUCUGAACUCGAGGAAUUGACCAAUAAGACCAAAGCCAAGCAUUGGGUCAAGGACAAUGUUGUCAAACACAUCGAUCAUAAUGUCAAAAUAACGAUGGUAGCGGUUGGUAACGAACCAUUCCGAGAGGAUUAUGAGAAUAUGUAUAUCAACUCAACACUUCUGGCCCUAGAGAAUAUUCAAAGAGCUCUUGAUAAGUUGAGCUUAGGAGACAGGAUCAAGGCCUCAGUUCCAUUCAAUGAGGAUAUUUAUAUGACCCCACCAUGGAAGCCAUUUCCAUCUGCAGGGAUUUUUCGUCCUGAAAUUUCCGAUCAAGUUGAAGAUAUAGCCGAUUUCCUAGCUAAGCAUAAUGCUCCAUUUAUUGUCAAUAUUUACCCAUUUACGAGUGUUGCCUUGUCAGAUGACAGUUAUCCAAGCGAUUUUGCUUUUUUUGACGGUAACGUUGGUAUCACAGAUGAUAACAUCGACUACACUAAUGUGUUCGAUGCGAGUUAUGACACUUGUGUGUCAGCUCUAAAACAAGCCGGUCAUGAGAACAUGACUAUUAUAGUUGGGGAGAUAGGUUGGCCCACAGAUGGAAACAUAUUGGCCAACAAAACCCUGGCUUCAAGAUUUUAUAAAGGGCUUUUACCACGAUUAGCUGCUAAAGAAGGGACGCCUUUGCGUCCUGGGCACAUUGAAGUGUACCUUUUCGAACUGCUUGACGAAGAUGCAAAAAGCAUACUUCCAGGGAACUUCGAGCGACAUUGGGGUAUCUUUGACUAUGCAGGUCAACCGAAGUUCAAUAUGAGCUUAAAUGGAAAAGACGAAAACAAAACGUUGAUAGGAGUCAAAGACGUCGAAUAUCAAUCUAAAAAGUGGUGUGUUUUGAAGGCACAAAAGUCUUUGGACAAACACAAACUCCAUGAGAGUUUGUUGUAUGCUUGUGACAAUGCUGAUUGUAGUGCCUUCGCUGAAGGUGGAUCUUGUAGUGGUCUUAGUAGUCCUGAUAAAACAUCUUACGCCUUGAAUGCUUAUUUUCAAGCAUCAAACCAAUCAAAAGAUAGUUGUGAUUUUGGAGGUUUGGCUACAGAAGUUGAGAUUGAUCCUUCUAAAGGUUAUUGCAAGUUCAAUAUUCAGAUUGUGCCUUAUGAUCCUAAAGAUUCAUGGACAAGAUUCAAAUCAUGGUUCUCAUCGUCACACAUCACCCGUGCACCACCGGUUGCUUUCACAAGUUUGGCCCUUUUGGCUAUGGUUUCCUUGUUUUUCUUUUAG